GACGCCAUAUUUUGAUUUCACCUGCGUCAUCAAACUGCGCCUGACGCCAACGGGAGUUCGCUGACAACAACAACAACAACAACAACAACAACAACUUCUUCCCUCUCGUGUGUCAGGCGUUUAACAUCGGUCCGACGCCAGACGUAGCAGCAGCUGGUCCCGGCGCCGCGGGGCGGAGGGUGACACGGGCCGCGGCGGAGCCGGAGCUAACAAACAUUAGCCGCCACCGUGUUGGACCAGAGUCCGGCCUGAGUCCGCCUGCUCGGAGGAGUGUCACCGUCGGGAGUGCUGCUGGUUCUCCGCGUCGUGUCCGUUUCUCCUCCGCAGAAAACGACUGUGACGGUUCACGUUGUUCCGGUGGACGCUAACGACCUGCAGGCUAACGGUUAGCUCCAGCCACACACCGUACACUUCUUCAACUUCUUUGGGCCUCACGCACAUUUUGAGUGAAGAAUUUGAAAAUGUCGUCGUCCCCCCAGAUCCUCGGAGAAACAGAGAGACGUCGGUGGCUGCUUCGGGACCUGAUCCGGACCUGAGCGAGGAGAAGCGUCCGCCUCCCGCAGGAGCAGAGGAUGAAGGGAUGAAGAGAUGAAUGGAGUGAAGGUGGAGGAAGCAGCAGCAGAAGACAGAGGAGAGGAGAGUCCGCGGCGUCCAGCUCCAGGUUCGUCCUCACACCUUCACACCGAAGAGUCCGGUUCAGGUCGGACACGUGUCGUCACACCAGGACGCUAACGUCCCCCGGGCAACGUCAGGCGUUUCCAUGGAAACGACAGGAGAGCGUCAAGCGCGUGUGAACGUUCAGUCUGUUCUGCAGAGAUGUUCAGUAUCCACAGGGUUUUUUUAGACACAACGUGUUAAAAUACAAGUGGAGCUAUUAAUGAAACAUGUCGAUCCAUCAGUUUAUUCUUGAAUCACUUUUCAUACAAACGACAGGAAACAACGUGACUGUGUGGACAUGAAGUGAGGAGAGACGCUGUGGAAGAGCAACAAAGAAACUGAAUAAAUAAUAUAGAAUGAAAUGAUACAUCUGUAAAACGGUCAAAGAUAAAUAUGUAAAAUAAAUAGAUGUUCUCUGAGAUGUUAACGUCGGCCUGGUUUCCUGCAGGAGCGUGGACGCAUCCAGACGUCCUGACACCAGAGGAACCGGAGGAACCUGCGUUACAACAUGGCGGCCGUCCGUCAAAAUGCCGUCACCGCUGUUCAAUCUGCGGCAGGGAGUUUUCCCGUCCGUCUCGCCUCUCAGACCACAUGGCGACGCACGCGGGCGUCAAGCCGCACGGCUGCUCCGUGUGCGGGAAACGCUUCUCCAAGAAGAUCAAUGUGUCGGCGCACCAGCGCGUCCACACCGGGGAGAAGCCGUACUCCUGUCCCGACUGCGGCGUCAGAUACGCCCAGCUGAGCUGCCUGAGGAGGCACCGGCUCGGACACGCCGCAGAGAAGCCCCACCAGUGCACCAUGUGCGGGCGAGGGUUCGUCCAGCGGCGGCAUCUCGUGCAGCACGAGCGGAUGCACACGGGUGAGAGGCCAUUCUCCUGCCCGCUGUGCCCCAAGAGCUUUGCCUCCAGGACGGGCCUCAGCGAUCACCAGAAGACCCACAGAGAGGAGAACCUACGCUCGUGCACGUUCUGCGACAAGGUCUUCAGCACGCCGUCGUCCCUCCGGGAUCACGUGCGGCUCCACACGGGACAGAAGCUCCACCCCUGCUCGCUGUGCAGCAAGAGCUUCAACCGACCGGGCCUGCUGAGGAAGCACCUGCAGAAACACGCCGAGGAGGAAGACGUGCUCGACGCUCUGCGGAGGGGGGAGACGCCUCACCGCUGCCUCCAGUGCCGCAAAGACUUCUCCUCUGCCGAGAAGCUGCAGUUGCACCAGCAGCUCCACCAGAGCGCGCUGCAGUUCGCCUGCGACGUCUGCGGCCGUAGUUUCACCAGAGCAUCGCGGCUAAAGGACCAUGUAAGGUCCCACACGGGGGAGAAACCGUACCAGUGCGAUGUCUGCCAGAAACGAUUCUCAGUGCAGCGGGUGUUCAGGAAGCACCAAGAGAUCCACAGCAGGGAGGGACACGCCUCCUCCACCGCCGCCGCCGCCGACAAUGUGAUGCCGGGCCACGUGUCUGACAAACGCCACGUCUGCAGCAUCUGCUCCAAGAGCUUCUUGCGGCCCGUCCGGCUGCGCAGACACAUGAGGAUCCACAUCAGGGACGGACUCAUCGCCGUCCCCGCCGACAAGGAGUUCUGGUUCAACAUGCAGAAUGUGGAGGGGGAGGGAGGGGCGAUGAAGAACGAGGAGGAGGAGGGUCUGGAAGAGGAGGACUCGCAGGAACUCUCCGCCCCUGCCCCUAAGUCCAGACCGCCGCCUGGUAACCAUGGCAAUGGCUUAGUGUCAAAGGAGGACGGAGGAGACGUCAGCGGCCUGAUAAACUCUGACGGAGAGGAAGAAGACUGGAGACCGGCGCUCGUGGAUUCUUCGUGUCUCCCGACAGAACCAGGCGGCGGCGACGGCGGCUCGGAGGCAAAGGCGGCGGCGCCGGCUUUAGCAGGUGGUGGCGACGGUAAAAGGAAGCACUGCUGUCCGGUGUGCGGUCGCGACUGCUUCAAAGCAUCAGCGCUGCAGAAGCACCUGAGGAUUCACUCGGGCGAGCGUCCGUUCCACUGCUCCGCCUGCAACAAGAGCUUCACGCAGCAGGUGCACCUGACGGAGCACCGGAGGAUCCACACCGGAGAGAAGCCCUACACCUGCUCCGACUGCGGCAAGAGCUUCACCUUCUCCAGCGCUCUGCGCCGCCACCAGCGGCUGCACGCCGACACCCGGCCGUACCAGUGCUCCGCCUGCCAGAAGACCUUCAAGUACCAGAGCUCGCUCAAGAACCACCAGCUGACGCACUCAGGCGUCCGCUACCAGUGUCCGCUGUGCAGCAAGAGCUUCAGCCGCGCCCUGGAGCUCACCUACCACGUGGACAUGCACUCGGCCGCUCGGCCGUACUUCUGCGAAAUCUGCAAAAAGAACCUGAGCGGAGCGCGGAUCUUCCGCAAACACAUGAAGAAACACGAGUCCUCGAACUCGGCGCCGCCAUCGCUGCCACGAGACGGAGCGGCAGCGACGACGACGACGCCGUCGGCGGGCGGAGCCACCGAGGGUCAGAGGGUCUGAAAUAAGAAACAGGUUUGACUUGAACCCUGGACUGAAACAAUGUGAAACUAAAACUUUGCUCUUCUCUCGUAAAACUACUGAAAGAUUUACCUCUGAACAUGAAGAUGAACGUCACACUGAUCGCCGCCUAUAGAUAAUCAAUAGGUUCAUGUAUACAUAUACACAAUAAAUGGAUCAACAGAAUAUUUAUUAACAGCUGAUUAUCAAUGUAUUUUAAUGGAUGGUUUCAGACAGAAUGUUUCUGUUUUUUCCCAUUUGAUGAGUUGAUUUUUAUUUUGUCACAAAUAAACAAAAUAAUUGUU